GUGUGAAUAACUUUCAAAUUCAGUUCAUUUUCACAUAAGACAAGAAAAUGAUGGUAUUGCUAAAAGUAUUCCAAGAAAUAUUCAACAAAUAUUAACUAGAAAUAAGAUUCACAAUGGCGAAAGUUCUUUCUCGUAGAAUCACUGGUUUAUUUUCCAUUAAAAAAGUAAAGAAUGGAAAGGAAUUUUCAAUUCUCACUUGCAACCCAUACACUUCUCUUGUGUCCUACAAUUUGAAUCGAGAAUCCGUACUUCAGUCAAAAGAUUAUGAGUAUAGACAUAUUUUAUCAACAAUUAAAUAUGAUUAUAUAAGGUGCUAUUCAGCUUUACCUAAUGAUGAUAAAGACAGAGAACUUGAGAAGGAAACAAAAAAAUUAUCAAUUUUCCAGAAAUUCAAACAGAUGUAUAGAGAUUAUUGGUAUGUUCUCUUACCUGUCCACAUUGUCACAUCAUCUGUAUGGUUCGGAGGAUUCUAUUACAUGGCCAAAAGUGGAAUCGAUAUUCCAGCUAUUCUUGAAUCCUGGCAUGUUAGUGAAAAAUUAGUCAACCCUCUAAGAGACUCAAGCAUGGGUUACAUAGCAGUAUCUUAUGCCUUGUACAAAAUAGCCACCCCUGCAAGAUACACUGUAACUUUAGGUGGAACAACUAUUUCCAUCAACUACUUGAAGAAAUGGGGCUAUAUAAAACCAGUACCUAGCAAAGAAAGAAUGAAGGAAUUAUAUAUGGAGAAGAAGGACACACUAUCAAAGAGCAUGUUAGAUACUAGGGAAGAUUUAAGAGAGAAAAAGGAGAAUAUAAUGGAGACUAUACAAGAGACUAAGGAAGAGCUAAGGGAGAGAAAAGAUGAUAUAAUUGAGACCAUAAAAGAGACUAAGGAAGAACUAAAGGAAAAGAAAGACCAUUUGAUGGAGAGUAUUUCCAAAACCCAGAAGAAUUUCAAAAAGAAAAAAAGUGAAAUCAAAGAAAAGUUGUCUGGUUUCAAUGAAAAAACUUAAAAUAUGAGUAUAAGAACUGUAUUAUUUUAAAAUAUAUUAUUAUAUAGUGUUUUACUCUUCACUAGAACAGAGAUUUUUACAUUCUUGGUGAAAAA